AUGCGCGUUUGCUUCCGCGGUUUUAUACUGUUUGUUAUCGGGGUCCUAUUUUACUAUAUUUUCGGACUUAUUCAAGGGUUUCGGAGUGGGAUUUUCAAUGACAAAUUCAGCCAGUGUUUGUUGAGCACCAGUUUCGGUAUUCCUUUGUGCUGUGGUCUUCUCUCAGUUGCUUGUGGUCUCACAUCGCCUCGUCUUUACCAUAACCUGAAAAUUCCAAACGCUUAUGAACCAGAAUGGUCAUCGAUCAUGCGCUGCGUCAUAUUUUUUAUGGGCAUAAGUCAUGCAUCCGCCAAACUUGAUAUCAUAUCUAUUUCACAGUUGCUUUUGACAAGCUUCUGUUUUGCUAUUGGUAUAUGGUGGAUUUUCGAUCGUUCCGUCAGUGGUAUUCUUACCGGAUUCCUGAUGUCGCUGUUGGGUACCGGUAUUUGUCUGGUGCUUGGGGACCAAACCAUCAGGUCCAUUGAUCCACUUCUCACAUCUUGGCUACCGUGCAUUUUCUUUUCCGGCGGUAUUACUACCUCACUUGUCGCGCCGCGGACCGACUUCAACCUGCAUUUACAUAUGUAUUUCGACUGCUUGUUGUCUUAUUGCGAUCGGCCAGUAUGUCUCAUGAUUCUGGCAAAACUUUGCUACCACUUUAUGAAGCACUCUGAUUUUACGAACAUUUGUUUCCUUGCUCCCUCUUCCCUUUUUUUUGGAGUCCAUAUCCAUUCCUUCCGCCUUAAUGUGAAUAGGGAGUCAUCUCCUGCCUGCUUUGCAACACUUGCACCGCUGGCUGGGCGCCUAUCUAGUGUGCAUCAUGCAUUGGCUGCUGCAAAUUACCCUGACAGAUACAGUGUCCCAAUCCGCCUGGCAUAUCGAUUCCAGCGUCUAAAACGUGUGGCCUUUUAUGUUAUCUAG